AUGUUACGUAGACAGGCCCGUGAGCGGAGGGAGUAUCUGUACCGCAAGGCUCAAGAGCUGCAGGAGUCCCAACUGCAGCAGAAGAGAGAUUUAAUCAAGCAGGCGCUGGCGCAGGGUAAGCCUCUGCCUAAAGAGGUGGCAGACGAUACAAAACUGCAGCGUGACUAUCAGUAUGAUGAGAGUGCUCAGGAGUCGAUAGAUGAUGAAUAUAGCGCUCUAAGUGGUAUUGUGGAUCCAAAGGUUAUUGUAACAACCUCUCGCGACCCUUCCACUCGGUUGUCGCAGUUUGCAAAAGAGGUAAAAUUGCUGUUCCCAACGAGCGUGCGUCUCAAUAGAGGUAACUAUAUCAUGAAGAACCUUGUGGAUGCGUGCCAAAAGUCCGGCACGACCGACCUUGUGGUCCUACAUGAGCACCGCGGUGUACCCACCGCGCUGACGAUAUCCCACUUUCCACAUGGCCCCACAGCGUCGUUCAGUCUCCACAACGUUGUCCUCCGCCACGAUAUCUUAAAUGCCGGGAACCAGUCUGAGGUGCAUCCCCACCUUAUCUUUGAUAAUUUCACUACUCCAUUGGGGCAACGGGUCGUUAAAAUACUGAAGCACAUGUUCCCGCCCGGAGUCAAGAAAGACAGCCCUAGGGUCAUCACAUUUGCGAACCGCGGCGAUUUCAUUAGUGUGCGGCAGCACGUAUACGUCAAGACGAGAGAUGGAGUUGAAUUGGCGGAGGUGGGACCACGGUUCGAAAUGAAGCUCUACGAGCUGACACUGGGCACCUUGGAGAACAAGGAUGCUGACGUCGAGUGGCAACUGAGACGUUUCGUGAGAACUGCUAAUAGAAAGGAUUAUCUGUAG